AUGGUUUAUUUGUAAAUAAAGUAGGAAAUAACUAUACAGGCUGGUAGAUGAGUGCGGUAAACUAUUCGUGCAUUUCAGGAGAGUAACAUCCAUACUUUAAAUAUUAUUGGAUUAACACUGCUUAUAUAGUGAACGAUCGAGGAAGCCGGCAACAUGACGGACAAAGAGAAAUACGAAAUGAAUUUUCCAACCAAAGAAGCUAAUGGACAUGCAGCAGAACCUUUCACGUGUCAAAUGUCGAAGUUUCAGAUUCUUAAAAAUUUGUUUGUCGUCAGUUUUGGAUUUGUGUUCUUGUUCACGGCUUUUCAGUCUAUGGCUAAUCUCCAGAGUAGUUUAAACAAAGAAGAAGGAGUCGGCACCGCUAGUUUAUCUACUCUUUAUGGAGCUCUUGUGGUGUCUUGUAUGUUCGUGCCACCGAUAUUAAUAGCUCAUCUAGGAUGUAAAUGGACCAUUCCUCUAUCUAUGUGUGGCUAUGUCUUGUAUAUGGGUGCCAACUUCUAUGCCGUAUGGGGGACCAUGAUUCCUGCAGCAAUAAUCCUGGGCUUAGGUGCCGCUCCUCUAUGGUCCGCCAAGUGUGCCUAUCUAACAGAAACUGGUAUUUGGUAUGCUAAAUUAACCGGUCAGUCAGAGGAUGCCACCAUCAAUCGCUUCUUUGGAAUAUUCUUCAUGAUCUUCCAGACAAGUCAGAUAUGGGGAAAUCUGAUAUCAUCCACGGUGUUUAGUCCUACACCAGAAAAUGGAACAACUUUAAAUGUAACAAAUGAUCUAAAUAAAUGUGGUGCCAAUUUUGAUCCAAUAGACCCCCCAGCAAAUAAUACCAAUCUGAAGAAACCAGAACAAAAUCAGGUUUAUUUAUUAUGUGGUAUUUAUAUUGGUUGUGCUGUAGCAGCUGUUAUUAUUAUAUCUGUUCUAUUGGAUAAAAUCAUCCUUGAAAAAGAUGAGAGAAGACAAGGUCGACCGUCUCCAAAACUUUUGAUUGCUACGUUUAAACAUCUGAUAUCAUCACCAGCACAACUUUUACUUAUACCUUUAACUAUCUACUCAGGUGUUGAACAGGCUUUUAUAUCUGGGGAUUAUACAAAGUCGUAUAUUACAUGUUCAUUAGGAAUAUGGAAUGUAGGCUAUGUGAUGAUCUGCUAUGGUGUUGUUGAUGCUAUUUGCUCGUUUUCUUUUGGAAGAAUGGUACAAUAUGUUGGUCACAUUCCUUUUUUUAUAUUAGCAUUUAUUGUUCAUGGUGGGGUACAGAUAACACUGUUAUUCUGGAUACCAGAUCCAGAUGCCAUAGUUAUAUUCUAUGUACUGGCAGCUCUAUGGGGAAUGGGGGAUGCUGUCAUUCAAACACAGAUUAAUGCUUUCUAUGGAUUUCUAUUCAAAGAUAAUACAGAGCCAGCCUUUGCUAAUUAUCGUCUAUGGGAAUCCGUUGGUUUUAUAUUCGCCUACGCCUAUAACGACUUUAUCGUCACUAACAUCAAAAUAUAUGUUUGCAUGGCUUUCCUGGUGGUUGGAAUGGCUGGUUAUGGUACCGUCGAGGUUAUGCAACGCACACGAUCCGCCCGCUCUGCUGACAUCACAAAAUAAGGCAAUGGUAAAGGGCAAAAUUGUUUCUGUCCAUACUCUUUUAUAAAAUUAAAAUCAGAAACACUUAAGUUAAUGAACAUUCCAUGUAUCACUUAUUCAACUCAUCUCAUGAACAGGACUUGGCGUUUAGAAAUCCGUCUGACUUUCAUAUAACUAUAUUUAAUUUAACUCUUUGAUUGGAUGUCCCUCUUAAAUGUUGCCCAGCCCCCCCCCCCCCACACACACACAUACACACUCCCCCCACACACACACUCCCCCCUCCAUAUAAUCUCUGCACGCCACUGGCUUUGGCGAGUCAACCAAGACGGGGAAAGAUUUCCAUCAUAAACUAUUUAGACUCAGUGGCAUCUUUGAUUGAUUAGUAUCCCAAUUUCGUCUAUUUUUUAAAUUCAAGAAUUUGCGCUUUCGCGUGCUAGGAUUUUAUUUCUGAGAGCUAUGGUUGUGGACUCCUCAUAACGAGUCUUGACAAUGAAAAUUUGAACAUUAUCCAUCUUCCUGGGAUAUUAUGUAGGCCUAAUCUGUCUUACAAAUAUUUUUAAUAUUAUUAUAUACUUGUACGUUUUUAUUUUUUUGUAGAUAAAGAAAAAACUAUAUUUAAACUA